AGACCGUGCCACCGAUAGAUUUUCCACCGUCUACACCGUCGUCGAUGUCGCAGGGCGUAUAACGAUGCGCUUGUAAAACGCGACCGCCCCGUGUGUUUUUUCUUUCCUUCACAUCGUCAGACACGAGACUCGUUCACGCUCGUUUUCCGAAUCGGUCCCGGUCCGUGUCGAGGUCGACCAGCGAGCAACCAGCGAGCAGAGGAAGCUUGCGAGCAUCGUUCGAGAGCAGGCAACCGACGAACAAGCACCAAAAUGCCUGCCAUCUACAAAAGAGAAGCGGAGAAGGUUCCGGAAGAACCGCAACCGCAACCGGUGGAGGAGAUGAUUGAGUCGACGCUAAAGACUUUUGUGAGCACGGAGGAGGAAAUAAAAGAAGUUGGCACAGAGGCGGUGACCGAAAAAGAAACAUUGGAGACUCAAAUGGAGAAUCUCGGCGUUGAGCUCGCGGAGGAAAUGGGAAUACCAACAUGGGCACUCGUAGCGAUCCUAAUAGCCGUAGGCGUAGUAGUUCUCGGAAUCUGCUUCUGCUGCAUCAGGAGAUGCUGUCGCAAAAGACGAUCCAAGGACGGGAAGAAAGGGCUGAAGGGUGCGGUAGACCUCAAGUCCGUGCAGCUAUUAGGCAGCACGUACAAGGACAAGGUCCAGCCGGAUAUGGAAGAGCUGACUGACAACGCCGAAGAACCGGAUGAAGCCGAGAGUAAGCAAAGCGAGGUGAAACUUGGAAAACUUCAAUACAAGCUCGAAUACGAUUUCAACACGAAUAGCUUGGCAGUGACUGUGAUACAAGCCGAGGAGCUACCAGCUUUAGACAUGGGUGGCACUUCCGAUCCUUACGUCAAGGUUUACUUGCUACCGGACAAGAAGAAGAAAUUCGAAACGAAAGUGCACAGGAAAACGCUCAAUCCGGUCUUCAAUGAGACUUUCACGUUCAAGAGCGUAGCAUACGCAGACGCUAUGAACAAGACGCUCGUCUUCGCGAUCUUCGACUUCGACAGGUUCUCCAAACACGACCAGAUCGGUGAAGUGAAGGUUCCUCUGUGCCAAGUCGAUCUGGCUCAGACAAUCGAGGAAUGGAGAGAACUACAGAGCGUCGAGGGCGAGGGUGGUCAGGAUAACAAAUUGGGCGAUAUUUGUUUCUCGCUACGUUACGUGCCCACGGCCGGUAAAUUAACGGUGGUGAUCCUGGAAGCGAAAAAUCUGAAGAAAAUGGACGUCGGUGGUCUGUCGGAUCCUUAUGUAAAGAUCGCUUUGAUGCAAAAUGGCAAAAGGUUGAAGAAGAAGAAAACGUCCAUCAAAAAGUGCACUCUUAAUCCGUAUUACAACGAAUCGUUCACGUUUGAGGUACCCUUCGAACAGAUACAGAAAGUGCAAUUGGUUGUCACGGUAGUCGACUACGAUCGUAUCGGCACCUCAGAACCCAUUGGGAAGGUCGUCUUGGGGUACAACGCGAGCGGAACAGAAUUGAGACACUGGUCCGACAUGUUGGCAUCCCCGAGACGUCCUAUCGCUCAAUGGCACACGCUUAAGGACCCCGAAGAUGGAGACAAGAAGGACUAAGAGAUCGUUGUGAGAUGUCCAGCAUAAAGGUAAUGCACACCAAAUGGUUCUAAGCAGAUGCGACAAAUGUACAGAAGCAUUAUCUCGUUUCGUUUCGUUCCAUUCCGUUUUUGCUUUCGCCCCCACCUGAUAAACUCUAUACAUAUAUAUGCACAUAUGUAUAUGUAAAAACAAAACGCAUAUACAUACAUAUACAUAUAUAUGUAUACGUACUUUCCAACGAUAUCCGUGGACGUUGUACCGUAACGAGAAUGCAGGAUUUUUUCUGAACAAAAGGAAGAAAGAAAAAGCUAGAAAGAGAAAGAAAUGAAAGAGGUGCGGAGGGAAAGGAAAUUGAAGGGAAAGAAGCGGGGAUGCGACCAUCUCCCCGAUGUAAUCGAUCGACUUUAUUCGAAGAAAAAAAUAAUCCGUGCACGAGGAUAAAAGUGAAAUAUAUAGAUGUGAGAGAAAGACAGAGCGAAAGGGUGGGAGAGAGUGUGAGCGAGUAAAGUACGAAGAGAAAGAGAAAAAGAAAUUACAAGAAACAAAGGAAAUAUACUUUAGUAGAUAUUAACGAUCUAUUAUUAAAACUAAACAACAAUAAAAUACCACUAAGAAAGGUUUUAGUAUUAAAUAAUAAUAUGUUCUCAUGGAGUGUAGCGUCUUGUAUAUACGUAUUAUCUACCAUUACCUUUUUCUGUAGAUGUAACAAUUGAACGAUCUUCAAGUAAACGCGUCCUCUUCGAGGUAUCUCGAGACGAAGCAUUGAAUACUUUUUGCAAAAGAUGUCCUGACUUCCAUAUACGAACUCCGAUCGAUAGUCUGCAGAAUAUGUUUCCUUUCUCGUCAUUUUUAAUUGGUGGCAAUGUUUCAUAAGAUGUUUAUAUAAGAUAUUACAUGCUGUUAAUCUUAUUAGAUAUUAUAUAUUUAUAUAUAUAAACAUAUAAAUGUAUGCUAUAUAUUCUAUGUAUAUAGUAUACGCGGAGAUAUAUAUAGACGUAUAAUGUGUAUACGGUGUAAAUUGUGUCUCGAAUUGCGCGAGUUAUAAUAGCAGUACAAUUUUAUUUAAGGAAAAUGUUGGCGAUGCUUUGUAUUUACCGAUCGAUAAUACAUGUUCGUGUAAAAAAUUCGUACAAUUACAGUUACGAUUGCAUUAUAAUCGAUACGCGUAACAGUUGCAAAGUAAGAUAAUUUCAUUAUCGUUUGAUCGUCGUUGCAUUAUUUAUUUCAUACGAGUAACACGACCUUUUAUAUCUUUAUUCCCUGUAUUUAAUUAACAGUCGUUUCACUUUCGCAUGGACCACGUAACUAACUAACCUUGGAGACUACGAUCGCAUUAGUUUCGUGCAAAAAAGACAAUGCUUUCGAUCGCGAUAGCUUCGUAAAGUAACGAUCUUAGAUUGUGCGUUAUCUGUACAGGGAACUCAGCCGAUCGAAGCGAAUCUACAGAUCGGCGGGAAAUUCAAAAACUUCUUCCAAUAAGAGAAACGAAACGUACAUGCUUAAACACGGUCUCACUCGCAGCGAUGCGCCACAGUAGUUCUUGUUGCAACAGCAUCCUUCGAUUAUAAUAUACUCUUACUAGUAUCGUUUCGUAAUUUCCUUACUUUAUGGACAAAACUGUUAUAGUCGAUGGUUGCGAAUGGCGAUUCGUUUGCGAGUGAAUUGGGGCAAAAUUAAGGGACGUUUCGAUCGUUGAGUUCUUGAAAUUGAAUCUGCGCAAUUGCCAGUGAAAUCGAGCAUAACGCGAAAUAAAUGGCAUGUCUCGAUCCGUAUACGCUCGAUUUCCCCUCGAUUCCGCAUGUUCAUCCCGAGUAUACAUACGCGUGUACGUGAAACUGUAAACAUAUUGGUAUAUAUACAUAUUAUACAUACAUUUACCACGUGUUAUAUAUGCAGAUACUGUUAUUGUUUUUCGAUAUGUAACGGGCCUACCGAUUGUAUAACUUACGUUAUCGUUCCGUUAAACUAUUUCUCGGAUAAUAAACAUAAGAGGCUGGAAUGAAGCUAAACAAAACAGAGUAGUGACGAGUCCACGGUGAUUCUCUAUGUAUCUUGGAAAUUGGAAAAAAAAAUAAAAAAGGAAACACGGUUCGAAGAGAAAAACACGUAUAUCCAUGAUACAUACGUUUCAAACCAAACUUAACGAAAUAAUUACAAGGACGUCCCGAGAUUUAACAAAGCAUUAUUAUUAUUAUCAUUAUUAUUAUUAUUAUUAUUAUUAUUAUUAUAAAUAUAUAUAUAUUUAUAUAUAUAUAUUAUAUACUAUAUGUAUCCUUCGAGUAAAGAUAAAAUCAAUUGUUAGAAAACUAACUUUAUACAGUAUUAACUGAGUUUGACUGCUAUAAAAAAAAAAGGAAAUUCAUAUAUUUUAUUGCAUCGUUGACCUUGAAGCUUCGAAUUUGACUGAAUGAAAAGAAAGAAAAUUGAUGGAUACAAUAAAUGUAGCGUUUUUUUGUGUGUGACACGUGUCCCGAGAACUAACGAAGAAAGAACACGUUGUUAAAAGCCCACACGAGAGAAACUUUCCUCGAUGAAAACGAUGACUAUUUCCGUCAGUCUAAAUCGACAGCUAUCUACAUAUAGUUUGUGACUUAUAGUGAAUGAUGAAAAAAAAAAGAUACCCAAAUGUAAACGGGCCUUAACGCUUUUUCGAGUUGUCCUUCCCCCCUCACUACUCAUCGCCGAAGAUGCAUAGAAAACUUUGUAAAUAUCACGCCAUGAACAUUUCAAAGACACUAAUAUUUGAUAAUCAUAUAUAAGUCCAUUCGGGUUAUAUUCUCAUGAUAGAAUCUAGACGUCAUUUGAUUCUCAAUACGAUUCGAUGUUUCUUUAUUUCGUGUCCGUUCAACGUAGUACAGUGUACUCUACGAUUCGCCUAAUGACAACAAGUAAAACAAAAAGAUAUUUGCACGCAAAUCGAACCGUAUUAAUCAUGUAACGAUAUCAUUACUAAUAACGACAUUAGUAAUAAAUUUAACUAUACGUACAUAUAUAAAAAAGACAGAAGAUAAUGUAUCGUGAGAAGAAGAAUGUCAGGUGUAUUCGAAGAUUUCGUAAAGGUUAUGAUUCACAUGAUCGUUACGAAAUCCUGCGUACAUUACGCCUGUCCGAGUUUGAAUACGAAACGUGUAUAAAAAGAAAUGAAAGAAGAUGGAUAUCAAGGUAAAAAUCUCGAAACAAGACACGGAUUUUCCUCCGUAUGUUUCCAAAAUCUUACAUGCUAUUCCAGUGAUAUAUCUACCUGCUAUGUAUCAGUUAUAUCAUACAAACUAUAAUACGAAAAACCCAAACGAAUUAUCGAUUGUUACCGAUGACACCUAAUAAUAUUAAGAAUUGAGUUGGUGUUGCUUGAAAUUUAACGUGAAAAUAUUCCGCUCUUGGCAUUCAAAUACUUAACCGCAAUUACAUUUCGAGCAACACGAGCUUACCAAAUACAGCAAAUAUCUAUGAAUCGAAUUCACGAAUAAACAUACUUCUCUUGAUUCGGUUAAUCCUCUGUACGUUGCAAGAUAAAAAGAGAACGAAUAGAAACCUUUACUUAGAAACGCAUAUGCAUAAAUUCGCAUUAAAGAUAGAUCCACUUCGAAGUCCAUGUUUGUUUAUCGCAUGUACUACUUGCGGAGAAAAACUUGAUAAUUUAGUCGUUGAUUUAUUUCUGACAAUUAAUUUCGGUUGAAUGUAACGUUUAUUAUAUUGACGUAAUUUUAGUAUAAUAUUAACUUCAUACGAAGAGAAACGAAACAAACAUAACAUCACCGUUUCGUGUGUGUAAUUCAUUUCUAUUUCUGGGCCCUUUAAAGGGGUCGUUGAAAGACUCGAUGCCAGAAUAUGAUCGCCGAUCAGAAUAUCUAGUCCAGACAGCAAAGUACAUUAAGCCAUUCGAAAUAACGACGCAUAAUACGUACACCUUUGCCGACAAAGUUGAUCAAUGUUCGAUAAAUGUAUUAUGCGUUGGCAUAAAACUUGUAUUUGGGUUAAAAACUGCAUUUACUAUCCGAUGUGUCGAAUGUGCGUAUAUGAAACACUGUUUUGAGCUGCUUCUAUUUGCAUGCUCGUUAUAAUUUUUUUAAGCGACAAAAACGUGUCGAGCUUACAUACAAUCGUUAUAUAGAUGGUAUCCGUAAAACGCUGGGAAAAUAUAUAAAUUGCAAGAGUAUUCUAUCGAUAGUUUAUGGAAUCGCGACUGUAAUAGCGAUUUUGAUUAUCUACAGAUAGCUCGAUAGUUCAUGGCACCACUAAUACAGCGUUUCAGUCGGCAAAGUAGUACGCGUCGAUUCAUACAUGCAUCGGUGUAGGAAAAAAAGCAGUCGUUAAAUAUACAUAAAAUCGAUCAUUGGAAAUAACAUAGGAAGUGUAGAAUAGAGGUGUGUAAGUGUAGUCGUAACGUAGAGAGUGCAGAUUCUUAGAUUAUAUCAUACCAAUCUUCUGGAUCCUGAAGUCGAAGUCUUUCUCUGAGAUCGAAAUCAGGAUCCAGUAUUCUUAUCGCGCGCGAACAGCGCUUGACACACAUGAUCACUAAACACUUAACCAAAACUUGGUUCUAUCAUUUGUUCAGGACCAAUUAUCAUAAACGAUUAUAUCGAUAGUAUGUUCGAGUCAUGUUAUUAAUGCAGCAUUGUACUUAAAAAAAGAAAGAACUUUAAUGAGGAAAUUCAGGAGGAUUUAAUGUAAAAAAAACGAAAGAAAGAAAAAAGAGAGAAAUAAGCGCCGCGAGCACCCGGCAUCGAUCGAGAAGCUACGACGAGCGCUUGUAUGUACAAGGAACGAAUGUUGUCCGUUCUUUUUCUCAAGGUAUAUCUUAUCGGUUUGUUUCGUCUAGCUUUUACAUAAAUGUUAAACGAAACGUCAGAUCGAAUAGUCUCGACGGAAUAAUAACGCGGACAGUUGAGAAGAAUGUUGAAAUUAUAAGUUCUAUAUAACGAAAAUAACAUUGAAAUACAACGUUACUUUUUAACUCACUUCUUCGAAGUCAUCGAUAUCUUUUUAUUUACAUAUCCAACCGACCAGUGUACGAUGUAAGGAAUGGUAGCGAAAAUCAGAGAACGUGACUGACAAUGGGAUUUUGAAUACUUUUACGCAGACUCGCCAUUUUUUACGUGAAGCUACCUCCUCUUUUUAAUAAAUAUUCAUCUACUUCAUCCGAUCAAACUCAUCAUCGAGGUUGCAGUUGCAUUAGAGAACACGUCCAGGAGGACCAACCCUGUGUUGAUCUGAAUCUUAUUCAUACUUAGCCGACUAAUCGAUAAUUCAAUGAAAUAGUGAUAAUCCUGAAUAAGUUCGAACAGAAAGCAUUGACAAGUGCAGAGUGAAAUUGGCUGGAAAUGUUCGACUAUUAUCGAAUCGAGUACAGUUCGGGUCAGCGUAUCGUAAUCACGUGGAAACCUACGAAUGACAAAAUACGCAAUAACGUGCACGCGAGCGACAAAGCAAACUUGCUGUAAUUAUCUUCCGAGGCGGAAAUACCGUACCGUUUUAUGACUAUUAUCGGUGCCACUACCAGUGUCCACGUAACGUCUAAAUAGUGCCUUUCAUUGCUUUCGAAAUGAUUUCCGUGUGUAACGCCACUGAUGUAUGACAAUCGAUCGAUGUCGUCGUUCUCGACGUGACGUAAAAAAGCGAUAUGCUAUAUAAAUACAAUGAAGAGAACAUGAAACACAAUAGGGGAAACUAAUCAUCGAACGAGGAAAGAGUAUAUCGGUAAUAUAAUAGGUAAAAAAGUGGAACUAUCGAUUGGCACGAUUAUCGAUAAAUGAUCAUUAACAUAAUAGACUAUGAGUAAUUACUGAAAUGAACGUGUCGAUCGUGGUCGUGGUGCGACAAGUAAAAAUAAUAUUACUAUUGAUACUAAUAAUAAUUAAUUUAAAGAAGAAUAACACGCAACGCGUAGUGAUUUAGUUGAGUAGAUCGAGUGAACACACGACGAUAUAGAAAAAUACGACGGAAAACAUUCGAAUCGAUGAGAAGUGGCAAUUGGUCUGAGCUGGCUCGUGAUAGUGUACGUUGACGACGAGUUUAAUGAACCGAACAGUGUUGAAAGUAACAAUCGAAGGAAUUCUAUUUGACGUUAUGCUAAUUAUUUGAUUAAUAUUAAUUCCUUAGUUUAAAGAGCAGUUAGAAAACAACAGGUAUGGUUAAUUAAUGAAGUUUCUAUUUAAUUCAAUUGUUCUUUCUACGCUAUACUUUAGAAGCGUACAUUGACAUUUUAUUCGUUUUUCCUACGAAAGAACAAUACUAUUUACGUAUUUAAUAUCUUGUACGUUAAAUGUUUCUUUUUAAAGGAUUUUACUUCAACCGAUAGCUUUCUAUUAAAAAUAAAAAGUGGGUAGAAAUAUGAUAAUGGUAUUUUAGUCUAAAAAGAUUCAUCAAUUUAUAUUGAUUACAUCGUGAAAGAACCUUUUUUUCUGAAGAAUAUAUAUAAUUUUAGAAAAUUCAACACUGUGCUUAGCGAUUGGAGCACGCUCGAAAGCAUUUGGCGGAAAUGGAUCUACAGUGAUACACGAGCAAACAAUACAUGUGCCUAAGACCUCGAUGCCUGUGCUUUUUUACCAAAUGUAUAACUACAUUACGUAGUAAUCAUAAAACGGUACAUUUAAAAGUUCCAAGUAAUCGUUGAGUUCCCUACUAAUUAUUUCUCAAGUAUCUUAUUUCUACCUUCGAUCUUUCUACGCUAUUUGUUACAAAUAAAUCUACUCGUCUGUAUUUUUUUCUUUCACAUUUCUUCUAGCUCUUAAGUAUCUGUAUCGCGAUGAUAAGUUUUAUCUCAAGGAUAAAGACAUACUAGCAACCAUCAACUAUCAUCAGUGUAGCACUCGCGAUUUAUCGAAAUCACGUAUAAUCGAAGAUCGCUCAUUUUCUUCGUAUUAUUCAUAAAAGACGAUCAAUCGAAAGUUCUUAAACGAUACAAACCGCGCCAGUCUUUCGAGCAUGGUCAUUUCCGAGCAGUUUUAAGAAUAUAAGGCGAUGUUCUCUUCAAAUCCUUCGAAAUUCGCGCGCAAUGGCGGGUCCGAUCAACAAACGUACCGAUUGUCAUGUUAGCAGUAUAAGGAUUGUCCAAGAGACGUAAAUAGAUGUGUACGUCGGUCCAAAUGGCACGUAGCGCACGAAAGAAACAAUGAUGUAAAUAAAGAGAGAGAAGAAACAAAAAAAUACAAUGAAUCUUUGUAAAGCCUUAAUUUAGUCUGAUAGUAAAAUACUGAUUUACCUUUUACUUUCGUCUUUUAUAUUUAUUUCUUCGCGAGUAGAACGAUGCCACAGCAGAAUAUAAUUAACACGUAGAAUUGAAAAAAGACUCCUUAGAUGUUCUUAAAUUCCUCUUUGGAUAAUGCAUGAAUUGCUCAGUUUUCAAACUUUUUCCUUCACCGUGAUUCGUCACUAAAACCAAAAAAACAAAAACAUAAAAAAGUAAAAGAACAAAAAAAAAAAGUAGAUUUCUUUAGUAACAAUGAUAUGAGUUUUCUUAAACCCUUUUGGGACGGUUUUCAGAAACAUAGUCAGUAGAUAGAGAAUUACAUUUUAGUGGUAGUAACAAAAAAUUACUUUCCAUAUAGUCGUAAUGUUUUCCAUUCAACAAUAUCAAUCGACGUCAACGAAGAAUAAUUCAUUAAACUAUGUGUUAUCGCAGGAUUCGAAGUUUCUCGUGUAACAUAAUAUUCACAUUCGAGUGAAAGAGAUAUCCACAAGGAGAGAAGGACAUAAAGAGUGUACGAACGGCGCAAAAAUGAUCGCUUUCCAAAGACUUGAACUUCGAAUCUCGGUUGAAUUGCUUCGCGCCUUGUAAAUGAAUCAUGCUAUACAAUAAAAUUGUAUUUAUAACGCGUAUGAAUUACUCCUUGACAAUUUACACGGAACCCGAAAUGGAUGACAAAAAUUCUUACAUAGACGUUACCGUCGCGAAAGGGUCCAAAUGAAAAUAAACUAAACAAGAAAUAACUUCAAUGAAAACAAUAAUGGAACGUACCAAAGCAAUCGACAACGAUAAAACGAACAUACUGAUACCAAACACACUAACGCUAAAGAUAGCUACUAGUACUAACGCAAGCAACCAAAAAAAAAUAAAUAAAUAAAUAAUAAAUAUAAAAAAUAAAAUAAGAGGAUAGAAAGCAACAAAAAUAUUAAGAAAAUGUGAAACGCACAGCUCGUUGAAGUUGUUGAAGCAUCGUUCUGGCUCCCGGAAGAAAAAGACUCCGCGCUAGAAAUUGAUUUCUGUUUUGUCAUAUACCCAUCGAACAACCGAAACUGUCCAUUUUUUAUCGUAGAUCCUACGUUGUCCACUGUAAGAGGUGUAGAGAAUUUAUUCUUAACUCUAUGAUCUAUACGGAUAAAGAUCUAUAUAUAAAAAAAAAAUAUAUAUAUAUACACGAAAUUUAAAGUCCUACGUUUUGGGACGAUGCCCGUGAGAACGAAUUAAAUAUCGACAAUAGAUCGUGAUCGAUCUUUUACUCUCGAUCAAACCCGAGCAUCGGUCCCGCCGAGAAAACGAGAGUGAGAGAGAGAGAGAGAGAGAGAGAGCGGGAGAGAAAGAGAGCGAGGAAGAGCGAAAUGUGAAGCAGACGAAGGGACACGGUUCCCUUUACACCGCAUUCGAGCCAAUCUGAAAAAAACAAACGAAGCCCUGAAUGCCUCGAAAGCUUGAAACGUGGAUGUAUUAACAACUUGUAAUCAUUCCAUUGCAUAUUAUACAUAACUAAGGUUUAGCGCGACAGUGUACUGUAAAUCCAUAGACGUUAUUAUUAUUAUUAUAUAUAUAUAUAAAUAUAUAUAUAUCAUAAUUAUUAUGUAAUAAAUAUUGUUGUUAACAUAAAA